CCCCGGCGGUGCUUCUGCUGAUUUCGCAGCGUUCUACUGAUUUCCGUGGAGAAUUGUGGCCAUUGAGGCGGCGAUCACUAGACUUUUUUUCUCUUUUUUACCUUUUUGCAUUGUGUGUGAGCCUCUGGCAGUGGGUAUCGACCAAUAUUCGAUGUUUUGAACGGGAUGUUCUGUGGCAGUUCUGGCUGGCGGGCAUUUAAAUCCUUCUGCACGGCCCUGGUAGGGGAGAAUUUCGGAGGGUGAACGAUCUUUGAGGCUGGUUCCCACCUUUGUUUUGAAUCUUACAUAGAUUUUCUAAAAUCGUUGGGGUAUUCUGCACAAAUUUUCGCUGGAGUUCCUAAAUGUUGUGCUCAUGCCUUUGAUGUCCUGUUGUUGCGGCUGACAGCCGAAGCUGUGAUUGUGAUUUUUGUUGCUCUCGUUACAUUAGCCCGCUCUUUACCAGCGAUGUUUAUUUGACGAGCUUGUGGUUUGAGAAUUGAAUUUAUUUUCUCCACGUGAUCAGCUCCCAGGUUUUAGAAGCUGGUGAGCCUUGCUUCGAUUUGUGGUUGUGUACGCGAGAUUUAAGAUGAAGAAUCAAUUUACAAUGCGAUGUUUCUCUAGAUUUAUCGACCUUUGUUCUACAAAAAAUUAGCCACAGCUUCAGACUGCUUUGUAAGAUUAAUGAUAAGAAUUCCAGAGCUUCUCCCUCUAUACUUUCAUUGAAAAGAAUAUCUGAAGCAGGGGUCUCUUGAACUUUGGGUGGAUUUUCUCUUGUUAUGGCCCUCCUUACGUCAUUAGAGUAUUCCGAUCGGAAUCAGCGCGGAAUUAUUAGUCCUUAACUACCGAUGUUGCAGGAAGAUCAGUGAUGGGGCUUUGCGACAUAAUUCCACGCUAAUUACCACGUUAUCUCUACAAAUCUGCUCUAGUGUAGGAAAACAGAUGAGUAAAUCUGACCUUGGAGACAAUGUGUAUAGUUCACACGGACAGUUUGCUGACGCCACUCCUAAGACAAUGACAUACGGGCAUAGUAGGGAGCGGUGCAGACGGCACCCAUCCAGUUCAAAGCACUAUACCCUGUGGAAAUUAAUCCUCCUUGGUGGUCUUCUGGUGACGUUGUCAUGUGGUACAAGAGCGAAUGUCAAAGGUUUUCAGCGAAAUUUGGAGACUUUCUUCGGCAUGGUUGACCAAGAUGGAAACAGAGAAAUCGAACAAGCCGAAGCAACUAAGUUCUUGCGGGAAUUGAAGGUGCAAAUUACAGACGAAAGUGAAAUGGAAACAAAGGAGGAUAUGAGUGAGUUAAUGGCAUCGUCCCAGUUUGACUUCAAUUUCAGCUAUGGCGGGAAUAGUAUAUCUGCUGAAGAGAUGCUGAAUCACCUGUCAAACAUGAUGACUGCAAAUCAUGUAGUAGAUUGGGUUACUCAUGGACUAGAACUGCCACAAUACGCAGAAGCGUUCCGCCAGAAUGCUAUCAAUGGUAUGGACUUCCCAGCACUUAUAGAGAACGAUAGUGAAGCGUUGAUCGAGGAUCUUGGCAUCAAGAGCUCUUUACACCGAAAAAAAGUUACUCAUGCUUUGGUGAGACAAAUUUUCGGUAUUGGAACGGCUCCAGGUUCAGUCCGAUCCUUGCAGUGCAAUCCUGCCAGUUGCGGCGGCAUACAGCUGUCGUGGGAAGCCCCUGGCAACAGUGGUGUACCUCCUUUGCAUAAAUAUCUGAUUGAGCGGUGGUCGCAGACUUUCUCAACCUGGACGAAUGUGGCUGACACAAGAGAGGUUAACUUCAUGGACAUAAAUGCAUUAAAACUGGACAAGGAUUACACAUACAGAGUGCAAACUUGGGGUAGCCAUGGUCCUUCGGAUUGGGUUACCGUAUACGGAUGCAGAGCAGAUUUUAUUCUCUCACCUUUUGAACUGGACCUUGGUGAUAUACUUCCUAGUCAGACUGCACGCGGUGCUCGUUCAAUAAUGGACCAAGCGUUUUCGACUUCCGGAGAAUUGAAACCUUCUCAGGAAGAGGAAAGUGAAAGAUGGACUUGGAUAACUUCGGCUAUUAUACUGGUUUUGGCAUUGAUUUCAAGGCACACAUUCUUCUUUGAUGUGACUUUGGCUGCAUGGGUCCUCCUGAAAAAUAAUAUGUCGCAGUCGUUGAGGCAAGGGUUGGAUAGCCCUUAUUAUUUUGUGAGGGCUGCAGCACGUUCUAUGGCAUUAGCUUGUCGAAUUUGGAAUUACACGCAAUACAAAGCUAAGAGACUUGCCAGAUUCGAAGUGGAUUCGUCAAUUGCUUCAAGGAGAGCUACUGUUUAUGAAAAGAGUUUAAGUGAACCGUGCAUGAGAACCCCUUUUGAAAUUGAAGAUUUUAGCGAAGAAUAUUUCGAGACUCAUGAUUUUCGAAGUUUAAGUGCCAACAAUUUUGUGGAAGCAAGUGGUCUAGGACUACAAAUGAAUGGAGUGGAUUCAAGUGGCUCUUCGCUCAACACCAGUGCAAGAGAAACAGAGUUUGAGUAUGAGGCAGAUACGGCAGUAGUGUUUCCACCAUUGAUUCCUCAGGAACAAGAGCUGCAUUCUUUUCCUAUCAAGCGGAGUAAAAACAGGUGCAACCAUGAAGGUUGUAAAAUACGGUUUGAUCGUUGGCAUGCAUUGCAAGACUGGUGGAUGAAGCUCAAUAAACAUUACUGUCGAGAAUGUCAGAGUGUUUACUGUGUGAAGCACACUCGAAUUUCGCCUCAUGGACCUCGUGGUCAAUGUGGGUUAGAUAGUAGUUGCUAUUGUUAUUCCUGCUUUGCUAGAUUACCUUUAAAAAGUAAACGCAGGUUAGAGGAGCUGAACAAAUUACGUGUGGGUCCUUCUGUAUCCAGUGAUUCAUCAUCCUCUCUUAAGUCGUAUACUUUUAGCAGUUCGAAGCAGAGAGGCGUCAGUCCGUCAAGUGGCUCUCUAGCCAGCUCAGCACUUUCCAACUCAUUUACCGAUACUGUUGAACUCAACGCAGAUGGUAAUCGUCUGAUCGAUCUCAGGGACACAGUUGAGGCCAAUUACGUAGACACUAGUGAGUAGGGGAUUUGAUUGAAUGCACUUAGGAAAAAGAGCAUUUUUGAUUUAGCAAAUUUGCGGGCCAUGCAUACUUUCAUGUAUUUAUCUGUUUGUGGAGCAUUUGGAUUAGUACUAACAGUAACUCCAAAUUCUUCAUCAAUUCAAUGCAUGAAGUCGGUGAUGGUUGUAAUUCGCCAUCAACGGAUCAUAAAAAUCA